AAGAUUGUUCUACUUCUUUCAAAUUAUUUAUUAAAGUGAUUAGAAUUGCAAAAGAUAAAAAAAUGAAAUUAGUGUAUUCAUUGACCUUCUUGUUCGUGAUUUCAUCUGCUUUCGGUCAUAGUGCACAUCUUAAUCGAGUUGAAGAUGAUGACACUCAGCCUAGGAAAGCAUCAUCAUAUUUUGGCGAUAUCAAAUACUUAUACAAGACUUAUCAAGAUUGCGCCGCAUCCGACUUAUCAACAUGUCUUAAGUUGAAGCUUUAUUCUGUUGUUGAUCGCAUUGCACGAUCAGAUAACGACCUUAAAGUAUACGAAGGCGUUACGUUUGUAAAGGAUGUCGAUGAAGAACGUGAUGAAGAAACUGUGCCAAAGACUGAAGUCGAAAUUGAAGCUUCAUUGCCACGCUCUCUCGAGGAUAAAGAACAAACUUUAAAUACAUUGAUUAUGGAUAAAAUCAUGUCAUAUUUCGGAUCACAUACAUUGAAGGUUAAAUUCCCAUCAGCUGAAGAGAUGAAACGUUCAUUCGAAGAAGCUCGUCAAAAGCUCGGAAAAGACAAGAAAGGCGGAAGUCUCAUUAUGAUUCCAUUACUCCUUGGAAGCACUUUAAUUCCACUUGCUUUUGGUGCUCUUGCCUUGCUCGCUGGUAAAGCUUUAAUCGUCUCUAAACUUGCAUUGGCUUUGGCUUCAAUCAUUGGAAUCAAGAAAUUGAUCUCCAGUGGACAUCAUCAUGAAGCGGCACAUGAAGUCGUUAAAAUAACGAAAAACGGAAAAAAGAAGAUCAAAAUGAAGCAGUUUUGUGUGUUUUUAAUUCUUAUUGUUGCUGCAUCAGCUACAUCUGAAAGUGAUGGUUUAAUAAGCACCGCAUUAAAGUUUAUGAAAGAUUGCAAUGAAAAAUCAAUUACAUUGUGUAUUAAGGAGCGCGCUCUUCAAUUAGUUGACAAAACUGAAGGUGACUUUGAAGUCACAGAAGGAAUAAAAUUAGUGCAAACUGAAGAGACAUCUCAAGGCCGCUCAUUAAACGAUGUUCAAUUGUCAGACGAUCAGGAGACACGCGAACAAGAAGUUGAAUCACUUUUGGUUGAUCGUGUUGCUCGUUUCCUCGAAUCUCACACAAUCCAAUUUAAAGUACCGAAAGAUUCCAUCAAAGAUGUUCAACGAUCUUUCGAUGAAGCUCGCAAAGGUACAAAGAAAAGCAAGAAGUACUUGUUGCCUCUUCUUUUGUUGUUUAAAUUGAAAGCUGCUGCCCUCUUGCCACUUGCCCUCGGAUUCCUCGCUUUGAUCUCAUUCAAGGCAUUAGUCAUUGGAAAAUUGGCAUUACUCUUGUCAGGAAUAAUCGGUUUAAAGAAACUUUUGGAACAUAAACACUCAUCAUCUUAUGAAGUUGUUGCUCAUCCAUCACAUCACUCAUAUUCAUAUGAUGAAGCUCAUGGCGCUUACCGAAGAUCGAUUGAUGCUCAAAAGUUAGCCUACGCAGCACAAAAGAAUUAAGCAAAACAACAAUACUUAACUCAAUCAGUCUAUUUUACUCCAUCAGAAUGAUUCUGUCACAUUCGCUUCUCUGCUUUUGCACUUCACAUCACAAGGAUUCCUUCUCAAAACGAAAAGGAAUAAAUUAAAGUCAGAUGGGGAGCAAAAAGCAUAAGAAAACUUUUGAGACAUUUGAUUCUGACGAAGUGAAUUCAAUCAAGAUAAAGACGUUACAUGCCAUUGCAAUAAGACAGACAAAUGAUAAACCGACAUAAAACAAACCCCCGAAACAUUCAUUUUUCGCGCUCUCUGAAAGGUUAUUCAUGAGAAUUCAUUAAUUUAUUUAAAUUAUUUAUUUGAAGAGAAACGUUAAGUUAAUAAUUUAAUUAAGCAUGAUUUUUGAUGUUGUGCUUUAAUUUCUGUUUCUUUCUUCUUUUCUCAGAUGUUUUCACACUCUGAUUAUGCCAAUGAGACUUAGAAAUCAAUUUCUUCAACAUAACAAGUAGAUGAGAUUUUAAUUAUGAUUUUAUGUUGUCACUCUUAGCAACAUAAAUUGUCAUUCACUUCCUUCACAUGUUUCACUCGUAAGCUUUACACUACCAAAUAUCAUCUUUCUUAAGAUUAUUUUCUUACCAAAAAUCUUUGAGCUUCCAAAAAGUUAAAAGUUAGUUUAAUCUUUAAAAUUACUUUCACUGACCCGCUACAUAUUUGAGCUGAGAAGACGAAGUAACUUCACUUGAUCGUAUUUAAGAAAGAAAGAGAUAGAGAGAGAGAAGGAGUAUUCUGGAUAAUUUCCCAGAAUAUUUAUCUGUCAUUCGAUUAAACGGAUUUUCGAAAGAAGAAUGUUCGACUGAAAAUAAAAACUCGAUUAUUAAGUUGGCUUUCCUAACGGUACAAGUUGAAAGAUAAUGUUGAUAUACACAUUUCUCGUCGGGAAUUAUUUUAGGUCAGUCUCUCUUCCCCAUCUACAUUUUACCACACUUCUGUCACACAUUUCAAUAAUGUAUAAUUAAUAAGCAGAUCAGGUAUUUUAUACACGCUUUUCUUCUUUACUUCUUCUUCUUCUCCAUAACUUGCGAUCCAAUCAAUCGGCCUAUUCUCAAUCUCGCUGUAUUGGAUGCAGAUUGCAUAUUGUUAUUUUUUUCCUUGUUGUUUUAAUUUUUAACUGCCUUGGAACACUUAUUUUUAUUGCACUUACUUUCUAUCUCUUUUGAUCGCUUCGUUUACCGCGAACUCGUCGCAUUCGCUUCACUUUUUUUAGUUGUUAACUUUCGUUGCUCAAGAAGAAGAAAAAGUUGAAAAUUUUGAAAAAAAAAGUAUGAAAAAAUGUAAUAAAGCAAGAAUUGAAAAAAUUAA